AUGGACGACAAGUCGAAUGAGGAUGUAGUCGUGAUAGGAAGCGAAGACGUGAGAGAUUUCAACCCAGACAACAUUCUUCCACUCCCAGGAGACUCUAUCUGCAAGAUACGGAGCUGGCUCAAUCCAACCGAGUUCGAUUGCGAAGGAAGCGAAUACCGGAAGCAUUUAUAUUCGCAUCUGGCCGGUACAGGGAGAUGGGUUUUCUCGUCGUCAAUAUAUCAGCAGUGGCAUGGGUCCCAGAAAGAUGGAAUACUCUGGAUUCGGGGUAUCCCUGGAUCAGGAAAGUCGGUUCUCGCAGCUACUUUAAUAGAACAACUUUCCCAGGAAGGGUUUCCGGUCCUUUACUUCUUCUGUCGCCAUACCAUUCAAGCCAACCACAGUCCCGAAUCAGCUUUGCGUGACUGGCUGGCCCAGGUUUUGGAUUUCAGCCCCCCAUUACAACAUGCGCUCGAGAAAAUGUCAAAUGACAAACAAGCUGUGGAAAAGCUCACAGCCGCCGACCUGUGGCCCCAGCUUCGUAUGGCAUUAUCACACGUACCCAAAGUCUAUUGUGUAGUAGAUGCUCUAGAUGAGAUGGACCAAAACCAUUUAGAGGCAUUCAUUCAGUCUCUAGAUGAAGUGGGUCGGUGGCGGCCAGCAGAAAUCAAGCUUAUUAUCACCAGCAGGCCAAUUUCAACGAUCGAGAAAACGUUGCGCAGGGUAAAAGUCUUGGAUAUCCGCCUGGAUAAAGAGUAUGUUGAGCAAGAUAUUGCUACGUACGUCGAUCACCGACUUGCUUCGUCGUCGAUUUCAAUACAGGACCGCCCUUUCAUUACGAAAACCGUCAUGGAUCGAGCUGAUGGUCUGUUUCUCUACGCUAAACUCGCUAUGGAUACUGUUCUGGAACCCAGUCAAGACCCUCAAAAGGCACUUCAGGAUAUACCAACUGAGUUGAGUCUCGUGUACACCAAUCUUUUGCGCGAACAUUCGAAGAGAUCAGGUGUUCCAGAUGGUCUUCAAGAACUCGUUCUUCAAUGUGUUACUCACGCAAUCCGCCCUCUCCGUCUAUUGGAGAUUGCCGAUCUUAUACAUGUUACUCAGCAAGUUGAUCGUGAUAUUAAGGAUACCAAGGCUCUUGUCUGUUGCAUAUGCGGGCCACUUCUAGAGAUUCUCCCUGAUGAGACGGUUCGCGUCGUCCACCAUUCCCUGACAGAAUACUUGAAUGGAACCACUAGAAGGGACAAGGGGGUUUACCAAAUUUUCGAAUUCGGCGCCACGCACAAUUUUAUGGCCCUACUGUGUCUGUCAUAUCUCCAGUCCGGGUGCUUAGAGCAUGUCAAGUAUAUGGGGGAUGAAUCACUGACUGCGGAGAAACAAUCCUUUGCCCACUCGCACCUGAGGCGCGACAGACAUAUCCUCCAAUAUAUGCUCAAACAGAACCAAGUCCUCCCUCCCUUCACUCAUUAUGCUGCGGAUAACUGGUACAUUCACGUUAGAAAUGCAGCUUUUCUUGGUCAUGACCAGACAGCUGUCAACAGCGCACUUCACAACCUGCUCGUUGACCAGAAUUUAAACAAGGUAGCACUCCUGGCGCAGCUACAAGUGGAAGACCAAUAUACACCACUUUUUCUGGCCGUUGCACUACAUCUAGAGGGGUUCGCCAAGUCGCUUCUGGACCUUCCGGAGACCAAAUUGAGCAAACCCGAGAAGAUGGCCAGCUCGCCGAUUUCGUUCGCUGCUAGGAAAGGUCUCGGAACCAUAGUGAGGUUACUUCUCAAACAUGGUGCAGACCCGACUGAGCAUGACGAUUAUGGGUUCACCCCCCUGCACGCUGCGGUUUUAUCUGAGCACCCGAAAGUCGCCACUCUAUUUCUUGAUGCUGGGGUCGACCCUUUUAUCAAAGAUACCGAGAAUAAAAAAGUAAUGUCAAACCCAACUGGAGUAAACUCAUAUGGAAACCCCGCAUUGUCGGCCUUUUCUCAUGGCAAUAUUGCAAUGGGAUUGGCAUUUCUACCGUACCUGAAGACAUCCAAACAAGUCACCUGGGCGCUUAUUCGCGCUGUGGACGGCCACAAUGCACCCAUAGUUGAGGUUCUGUUGCAGCAUCCUAUGAUCGACGUCAACGCACGAUGUCAGACCCAGGCCACAACCCCUCUUCAAAAGGCAUGCAAUUCCCGCGAUGCCGAUAUAAUUAGCCUGCUUCUUAAAGCUGGGGCAGAUCCGAAUAUACCUCAUAAUUGUUUUGGCAACGGUGGCAUUUCAAAAGACGGACAGGGAUCCAACACAUUGCACGCCUUGGCCUCAUUUUAUAGCGGCUGCCACCACCCUCAUAAAUACGAGGAACAGUGGGUGAGGUGUUUCAAAUUGGUGCUAGAAGCCGGAGCCAAAGUAGAUCAAAUUGAUAUCGAAGGAAACACUCCCUUGCAUGGAGCUAGGGAUGUCUUUGCUGUUCGUUGCCUACUUGACGGUGGCGCAAACCCAAACGCAGUCAACCAGUUGGGGGAGACUUUAUUCCACAAUACCUUCAACAAAGACAUCAUCAACAUUCUCAAAGACAAGGCGGAUGUUAAUCUGAAAUCAUCAUAUCGAGGUCAAACCCCGCUUGUACAGGCAUUAUCAGAAUAUUUCCCUGAUACGGAAUGCGUCGAGAAAGCCUUCCAACUGCUGGACCUUGGCGCCGAUGUCAAUAUUGUUGAUAACAACGGUAACUCAGCGUUGCAUCUUGCCAUGAAAGGCACCAGAAAACUAGAUAAUGUCCUUCUGCAGCUUAUUGAAAGAUUAGUGGCAGGGAGUGGGGAUACAAAUCUACGAAACCUUCAAGGCCAAACUCCUCUACACAACUUGGUCGGUGUUGUAGGAUGUGGAGCUGGGCAUCGCCAUCUUAAGUUGGUUGAAAAAAUUGUGACGGCUUUGCUAGACACUGGAGCAAACCUGGAAAUCAAGGAUAGUGAAGGGAAAACUCCGCUUUUCCGCAUGGUCAACUUUCAUCAUUCCACAGAAGACCAGGAGUACAUUGAUUUAUGCGAGAAGAUGAUCGAAUUCGGUGCACGAAUCGACACGAUAGACUCGAAGGGUCGAAAUCUCUUGUACGACGCUGUCCUGAAAUGCCAAGCCAAGUUCAUUAAGUACUUGAUCGAGCGAGGAGUUGACCCUAGACAGACUGAUUAUGAUGGCAAUACAGUGUGGCACGAGGCAGCACCACGAUUUGCAAAAGGUGGCGCAAAGCCCGAAUUCCUCAAUGAGCUCCUUGCCUUUGGUUUCGAUCCGGCCCAACCAAACCAUGUUGGUCAAACUGCAUUGCAUAUUUUGAGCAACUUCAGACCUGUUGCCUUCGACCCAAGCACCAGUUUUGCAAAUAAUAGGGGUACCAAUUUGGACUGCCCCACCAUAUUCAACAAUAUCCUCGAUUUUGGAAUGAACGUAAACUGUGCAGAUAGUCAUGGCGUUACACCUCUUCACAUAACUUCUACUUUCUCGGAAUAUCUCACACGAAGGCUCCUUCAAAACGGAGCAGAUCCAUCAAAGAGAACUGUUGAGGGGUUAACGGCUCUUCACCUUGCCGCUCGAUCGCGCCAGGCCAACAUUAUUGGGAUCAUGCUAGAGUCGCUCAAAUCCAAAUUCAGUAGAGAAGAGUUCCUCGCAACACUGAAUGCAAAAGAUAUGCUAGGCAGGACCCCUCUGUACUACGCAUGCGCCUCUGGGCUCGUUGAGAGCGCUCAGUUGCUUCUCAAUGCUGGCGCUAUUCUCUAUUCAGAUUCUUACAGAGGAUCCGCUCUCCAAGGCUGCGUCGGGUUUGAAGAAGAGCAGAAAACUGCUGACUGGUCACGUCGUGCUGUACUUUAUGGUCAUAAGGAUCACCGUCACGAAGGUGGAGGAGUACUGAUUUCGGACACGUUAAGGCCUGAGAAGGUGCUAUUUUAUGGAGAUAUCGAUGUUCUUUCAUGCGAAAGAUUAGAUGACAUCUUGGAACUCCUAGCGUCAUCUGGAUCUGACUACACAACAAGAUUCAUUGACGAAGCCAUUGCCGAUGCCGUUGAAAAGAAAUUCAACUACACAGUGGAGUGUCUGUUGCGCACACGAGAGACUCUGAGUAUGCCGGGACCCUAUCAACUGGACGAAGAAACGUCAUCAUGUCUCCAGAACCGACAGGAUACUCGAUCUUCUUUGUCCUCUCUCGAAAUUGAAGCUCAUUUUCUUCGCCUAAUGUCGCUCCGAGACUUUGACUUAGCCAGCCGCCAACUGCUUGAAACAGAUUGUAUCGAACUGCGAUACAAAUCAAACACUGUCCUGCACGAUCUCGUGUCAGGUGGUUUUGCCUCCAUUCUUUCUCAGGUGGCAACUCAUGAAAGCCUCGCAAAGCUAGAGAACGUGACCUUCUUAGAAGAACGGAAGAAGAAAAACCCUUACACAUCACCUAACCCUGUCUCUCUUCUUGCAGCUGCUUGCAAACGAGAAGUGCCAAAUAUGAACGUCAUUCGGGUUCUAGUCGAGCAUUUUGGUUUAGCUAUACAGACUCCCGUUCAACAAAACAUCUGUAUUGAUGAUGGUGAUACAGCCCUUCAUUUUCUUGUCAGCGGAAAUCACUGGUGGCAAAUAGCCGAAGCACUUCCUUACCUGGUGGGACGUGGUGCAAACAUGGAGCUACGAGGGAACGGGGGUCUGACGCCACUGAAUGCUUCACUUGAAGGGAUUGGUGGUCCUAAUUUCAAUAGACCAGCCGUCGAGAUACUUCUUGAGUUGGGAGCUGAUGCCAACUCGUCUGAUGACCAUGGAGUCAGUUGUCUAGUCCGGGCAUGCAAAGAUAGAGAGAUCUUCCAGCUGCUCCUCCGGCAUGGAGCCAUCAUCACACACGCUGCAAUGACUGCAGCAAUUGACAAAAUGGACGUUGACCUCCUCGAAACUAUGCUUUCAAACGGCGCAGAUCCAAAUAUAAGAAGAGUUGAGAAGGAAGUGCCGUCCUGGACGGAUGGAACAAGGUUCAGGCCUCCGCGACAUGAUAAUAAGUGGAAUGAUGAACUGUACCUUUUGGAAUACGUCAACAGGGCAUCUAGCAAGAAUAAAGAUGACCGUGCAGCAUGCAGAAAAAUGUUCAAGAUGCUCCUCGACCACGGAGCAGAUCCAUGUGCACGGUACGAAAGAACAACUGUUUUGCACGGACUUCUAACAACAUGCGGGCAAACUACGUAUCAAGACUCAUUAUUUCCGAAUAUCCUGCCGUGCCCCAAACUCGAUCUCGAGAUCCCUGAUUCCAACGGUUUGACUGCGUUUCUGCGUGUCUGCAGUGGAAGAUUAACAUUUACCAACUGGUCGAAUGCGAGCACUCCGUCACCAUCCUUGAUCAAGCUACUUCUCGAUCGCGGCGCUAAUAUCCAGGCCCGAGCCGACUUUGGUAUGAAUGCACUGCACCUUCUUUUCAGCCAAGGUUACCGUGGCCACACUGACGGCUACCACCCCAGGAGGCUAGGUCGUAUCGAUCCCGAAGACCUAGAACGAAUCAAUGCCGAAGCACCAGAGCUCCUAAACGAGCUAGACAGCAUGGGUAACACACCACUACAUUAUGCAAUCUCUGGUUUCAAGAAGGAGGUAGAGGGCUUAAAGAAGGAGAUAAACGGCCUCAUUACAGCCGGUGCAGACGUGAGUAAAGCAAAUAAAAAAGGGGAUACCCCGUUGCACUUGCUAGUCCGAGGCGAAUGGCACGUCAACGUAAACGGCAUAUUGGAUGGCCUUCGACCUGAACUACUAUCUCAAUUCCUGUCACUUGGCGCAAAUAUCAAUGGACGGAACCAAGCUGGCGAAACACCAAUCUUCGCAUUCUUCCGCAAUGCCAAGGUCUCAGUCAAAACCAAUCAUUCGCCACUAAGUCCUGAAUCUGCGAAAAGGGGGGUAUCUAGUCCUAACUAUGGUAAAAGAAUGGUAGAAGCGGAAGCGGCGGUCGAGAAGGAGAGGUUGGUGUGGGGGAUGUUUGAGAAGGCGGGUGUGGAUUGGAUGUUGAUUAAUAGCGCUGGGCAGACACUGCUUCAUGUCGUGGCUGCGGAUUCUGGGCACGAUACUAGUCGUGGUGGGCACCAAGGGAGGAGAGCGAGUCGGUUUAAGUUCUUGAUGGAAAAGGGGUUGGAUCCCAUGCAGGAGGAUGAUAAGCAGCGGACCGCGUUGGAUGUUGCCGCUGCUCUGAAGAACGAAGAUAUUCUUCAGUUGUUCAAAAGAAAAUAG